GGUUAUAUAAUAAAUUCAGUCACCACAAAUGUCUCAGUAUACAUUCAGAAUUGUCUCAAAUCCUGCUACCACUCUGGUGAAGGAACUCAAAUUGCUGGGCUUCAAGAAAGCAAAGGUCGUCCCUGGCAGGAAGAUCGUGGAGACCAACGGAACUCUUAAAGAUUUAUACAAGAUUAUUUACCACAGUCGUAUAGCUGAAGAUGUACAGUUGAGAGUCACAAAACCCUUCCUUGCAAGAGGGGAUAAAGAGUUUACCAAAAAUCUACACAAAAUUCCUUGGCAUGCCUUCAUGCCGUUGGAUGAUUUUCUGAAGUAUAAAUUUCCUCUUGUGACUGCGAAAUCCUUCCAAAGUAACCUCUAUCAUACAAGGAAGAUCACAGAUUUGGUCCAAAUUCACAUAAACGAUUUGCCAAUAAGGAAGGAGUACAACAAGGUUAACAGAGCCAUUGGCUUCAAGAGAUUCAAGAAGGAAUAUAAAGACAAAUUGAGAAAAGAAAACAGAAAUAUCAUAGAUUUCAGAGAUAACUUCCCUAAGAAAGCUCAAGCUGAUAGUAUUGACUUCUACAGAACAAAGAUUGAGAUGAACAUUAAGAGAAACGAGGAGUUAAUGAAGCUGAGUAAAAUCAAUGUAAUAUUGCAUAAAAACAAAGCAGAAGUACUCCUUGAUACAGUCUAUGACUCUUUGUACAAGCAUGGGUACCGUGCACUUGAAGCAGAGCAAAAUGAGAAUCAGUUAGAGCCAAUUAGGAGGAAUAGAAUCGUACCUGGAGUUAUCAGAGAAACAUUAGCAGCUGCGAGUAUUUUAGAAUCAGGCAUCAUUGAAAGAGCAAAUAAUACAGGAAAGCUUUAUGUCUGGGACCCUUUCUGUGGAACUGGAACAUUCCUCAUUGAGCUUCUCCAGAUGUUCAGAGGAGAUCCUCUUAAAAGAGAAUCAAUGCAAUUCUGAUUUGAGCACUGGCCAAUAUUCAAAGCUGAUGAAUUCGAAGAAACCAAAUCAGAAAUAUUCAAAACCCUCGAAAACUACGAAUUAGACCCCAAAGUAGACAUAAGAAUAAUCGGCUCAGACAUAAAAAUGAUCAAAGACUACAUCUACAACUCAGGAAUCCCCUUCUACCGGCAUAACCCGUCCUUCUCUCCCACCUGCUCCUUCAAAGACAACCCUCUGCUACCUUCCUACCACUUUCCACCUCUACACCGGCAUCACCAGGACCAACUCCCUUCGCCCACCUCUCCCAGCACCACUUUGACCUCCUCACAGCCGGGCUCACUAACCACUCAAGCUCCUCCCUUCUUCAGUUUCUACAAAGGAGACUUCGAAGCUGUCGCUCAUCAAAUCCACUCCACUUACGGUUCAUUCAAGGAUUUCAGCAUAAUCACAAAUGUGCCUUAUGGAAAACAAAUCUUGCACCCCAAACAAGCUAAGAACCUUGACAAGAAAAUGGCCAAAGGUAUAAUAGACCAGAAGAAGAGAGGCUAUCAGUACACUGGCAUCCAGGAUGUCUUCAGAAGAUUUGGUCACCUCUGCAACCAAAUCGCCCCUGAAAUGAACAAUGAAAUUUACGUAGUAGCCAGGAAGAUGAGAUACUCUAACCCAUUAGCCUUUACCAGGCUGUCAAAUUGCGGGUGGAAGUCACAACUGGAUUUUGUAAACGGAGGGAUCAAUGUCAACCUGCUGAAAUAUGACCAAAGCAAAUUAAGCAAGAACAGAGAGCUACUUAAAAUAUACUCGGAGUAA